AUGAGCUGGGUGGUGGAAGAGUGGAAGGAUGGUCUCCCCACCAAGACCCUGCAAAAGAUACAGGAGCUGGAGAGUCAGCUGGAUAAGCUCAAGAAAGAGCGACAACAGAGACAGUUCCAGCUGGAGUCCCUGGAGGCUGCCUUACAGAAACAGAAACAAAAGGCGGAGAGUGAGAAAAGUGAGGUGACCGCCAUGAAAAGAGAGAAUCAGAGCUUGAUAGAAUCAUGUGACAACCAGGAGAAGACGAGGCAGAAAAUGGCCCAUGAACAGCAAGUGAAAGACACUCAGAUCAGCUUCCUGGAGGGCCAGCUGACCGCGAGUAAAAAGCAGAUUGAGAAGCUGGAGCAGGACCUGAAAAGAUUUAAGAAUGACUUGGAGAGGAGUCAGCAAUCGUUUAAUGGGAUGGACAUGUCGUUAUGCGUCACUCCUCAGAAAAGUUUUGCUGCUUCAUUUACACCUGCCAAGUGCAAUGAGCCAAAGUAUGAGGAACUGCAGGACAAGUACAAUAAAGAAGUGGAGGAGAGGAAGAAGCUGGAAACGGAGUUAAAAAUUCUUCAGAUUAAAAAUUCCCAAGCUUCCCAGGCCUCUUCCCAGAAUACCAUCAUCAACCAUCGAGACAUCGCCCGCCAUCAGGCUUCCUCCUCUGUCUUCUCUUGGCAACAAGAACGUACGCCGAGCCGCACUUCCUCCAGCAGCCAUGACACAUCUCUUAAAAGGGGCUUCACUUCCACUCAGUGUCCCUGGGAACAGGAAGAGACGCCAAGCAAAAGAGGCUACAAACCAGACACUUCAAACAGAAGUGAGCCCUUUAACACUGCAGGAAAUGACCAACUGAAAAGCCAAAACCAAGAACUGAGAUGCAAAGUGAACGAGCUAGAGCUGCGAUUGCAAGUUCAAGAAAAAGAGCUGAAAAACCAACUGAAUAAACUUCAGGAGACGCAGACGCUGCUGGAGAAGGCUCAGACUGAACUCCAGGAGAAGGACAAAGCGCUGACAAAGAGCCGCGAUGACUUGGCCCGAAUGACCUCGCAGUACGAUCAGACAGCGGACAGGUGUGCGCAGACUGAACUAAAGCUGAAGAAAGUUGCAGAUGAGCUGAGCUGUCAGAGACAGAAUGCAGAAAGUGCCCGACUGACUGUAGAGAACAAACUGAAGGAGAGAGAGAAGGAAAAUCAACAGGAACUCCUCAGACAACAAAACUCAUUAAAGAACAUGGAGCAGCAGCUGAACCAGAUGAAAGUUAAACUAAGCCAAGAGUCACAGCAAGCUAAGAAUGAAUUUAACGCCAUUCAGUCAGAACUUGAUCGCGUGGUACACGGGAAGAAGGUGUUGGAAGGUGCAGUAGAGGAGCUAAAACAGAAGUUGUUCAAGGCAGAACGGGCUCUGCAAGCAAGUGAGAAUCAAGCCAGUCAAUUUAAAAAGAACUUGGAAGAAGCAAAGUGUCAGCAAAAUGCAAUUAGAAACCAGCUGGAACAGAAGACUAAAGAAGCUUUGAAAAUGGAAGAGGAAAAGAAUGUAGCAAAUCAAACUAUAAGACAAAACCAGCAGCUUGUGGAUAAACUGACAGACAAAAAUAGCAGCUUGGAAGCAGAGCUGAAAUGUUCCCUGCAGAAACUACAAGGACAAGAUUCAGCAAGUUUACAAAAUCUGAAAGUGACCUUGUCCAAUCUGGAAAGAGAAAGAGAUCUUGCACAAGAAAUGCUAAAGAAAAGGGAUAACGAUAUGGAAGAAUCCAAGAAUGACCUAGCUAGGAUGGCCGAAGAGUCACUGGAUUUGAAGAGACAGCUUGAUUGUAAAGAGAAAGAAUGCAAAGAUGUAAUCAAUACAAAUAUUUCCCUUUCCAGAUGGAAGAACGAACAUGAAAAUAACUCUUCUCAAGUCUCCAUUGAAAGAGAAGAAAUGUUGGCAAGGGUAAAGGAGUUGGAACGUUUGAUCCAGAGUCAUAUGGACCAAGUAAAUGCUCUAGAAAAUGACAAGAAGAAUUUACACACACAGGUAAAACAUCUGCAAGAGCUCGUCGACACGAAAACAGCUGAUUUGAAGACCCAACAAGCUACCUGUUCAAAAAUUCAACAGCAACUGGAAUCCGAAGGGCAGAAAUACCAAAAUGAUCUGGACUGCCUAGUAAAACGAAUAUACGAACUGGAGGCUGAAGUGAAACUUCGAGAAUCGGAUGACUGUUCGAGCCAAGUGUCCUGCUUAGAGAGUGAGUUAAAGAACCAGAAGAAGCUAAGUGCCGAAUUACAAAGUCAACAUGACGAACUUCUGAAAAGCAAAACGGAUUCUCAAAAUGAGAUGUUACAAAUCCAAGCACUGCACGAGAGAGUUGUCUCUGAAUCUCAAUGUCAGGUUGAAAGCUUACAAAACAACAUAUCCUCUAAACAAACUUAUGUUGAUUCUGUUGUUUCUGCCAUCAGGGAGAAAGAGGAUGAAAUCUGCAUGUUGUCUGAAAAGCUGAGACUUGCUAAUUCAGACUUGCAGUCUGCUAAUCAGAAUAACAAAGAACUUCACGACAAACUACAAGAGCAGACGCAGCUGUCAGAAUCCUGGGCUACAGAGAGGGAGUCGCUAACUGCGUUAAUUGGUUCAAAUCAAAAAGAAAUUGAGAUGCUAACUGCAGACAACAAACAAAUCAAAGAACUCAGCAUUAUGCUAAAAAACGAGAGUGUUGACUUAGGUUCCACAAUUGGCCAAAAUGAGAAACUGGAUUGUACUGACAACAUGGAGGAAGAAUGCAUGACAGACAGCAACAAAAGUGUGAAGGAAUGUCAAAGUCUAAAAAUAGAGCUGGAGGAACUUACAGAAAAGCUGGGCAGGAUUCAAAAAGAGAACAACCGUCUGCUUAGAGCCAAUGAGGAAUUGACGGCACUGGUUGAAAGCCUCCGAAACAAUGAACUUUCACUCAAUAAAAUCGUGGAAGAGUUGAGUGUCUCUUUGCAGGACAAAGAAAAGUCUUUGCAGAAACUUCAGGCUCAGUUAGAUUCUCUGAAAAUGGAUUGUAAAAUUGAAUCAAUUUCUGUAGGAGAUAUUGGUGAGUGUGUCAGUAGCCUUCACAAUUCACCAAGCAAAGGUGUUAAGAGCCAUAUUGACCCAAGCAGCAAGCAAGAAACUGUACCAAGCUCCAAAGCUUUGAAAGAGAAGAAAAUGAAUAUUCUUAUGGAUGGAAAUCAGACCAUAUUGUCUGAUUGUGAUUCUUUGUCUGCUGAUGAUAGUGUUAGUAAAAUACUUGGGGACAUAAAUGAAGAGACCCUUCCUUUAUCACUGGAACCUCAGCACCGCGAAGAGAACCAGACCUUGUUGAUAAAUCUAGAUCAGCUAACUUUGACGAGCACAGAUGAUGUUACAAAGUCAUUGUCUCAGCUCCUGGAACUGAGCCAAAUUCAGGACCAGCACACUGCAUCCCUGUCACCUUUUAGCUCUCCAACUCUUAAAGUCCACAGUGAUGAAACUGGUGGAAAAGUGACAAGAGACAGAAAAUCUAUUUCUGGUCAACUUGUUGACUUGAUUCUCCAGCAAGCCCCUGAGGAGCAACAGGUUUUAUUUUCUCGUUUGACCAGCGAAGACCCUUGCAGUGUGAAAGACGUGCUUACAGUUUAUCAGGUAGAGCUGGGUAACCUGCAAAAACAAUAUUUAGCUGACAUUGCAACAUGGCAAAAGAAAUUAAACGAUCAAGCAUCCGAUAUGGAAGCAAAGCUGUUGGAAGAGAAGGCUCGCAGUGACCAGUUGUCACAAGAAUUGGAGGCUGCAAGGCUUGAACUCCAAGUCCUCGAUUUAAGUGCACGCUCUCUCUUGUUUGAUAGUGAAGAUUUAACUACAAGGCUUGAUGCCACCAAUCAAAGCCUCUGCACCAUUUUACCCAUUGGAAGACUUUCGCUUGACAGCGAGUCCCAGAAAUGUGAAACUCCAAAGCAAGGCCAGGGAAGCUCCGAAAAUAAUUCUGAAGAAAGCCCAGAGGAGACACGCAAAGAGGAAGUCAUUGAAAACAAAGGAAAAAGAAGGUCUUCUAGGCAAAGAAAGAAAAGAAAAACUAACACAGCAGACCAGCCAAAAGGUAAAGAUGUUUCUGAGCAUUCCCAGUUAAAGACUGCAGAGUCUUCAAGCGAAAAAGAGCAACUUCAACUUAUUAAAAUUAAUCAGCAUUUGCUAAUGGAGAUGAAGGAGCUCUCUUUGCAAAUUGAAAUACACAAGACAGAACUUGGCAUUAAAGAGGGCCAAAACCAAGAACUAGAACAAAAAACAAAGGAAUUAGAAAAUGAAAGAUCUCAUUUGUUGAAUAAAAUUGACUUGAUUUCCACUGAGAAACUGCAGUCAUCAAACAGAAUUGAUGACCUUGAAAAAGCUCUUCAUGAAACCUUGAGUGCGACAGAACUGCUUAAGACUAAUGUUUUAGAGUUAUCAGGAAUAAGAGAUGGUUUAGAGCUGUCAAAUGAGAAAUGGAAAGAAAGCUAUCUUCAGGCUGAAAAUCAGUUGAGAAGAUCGAAAUCGGGGAAAGCAAAUAUCGAUAAUUACGCGUUGUCUCUAGAAGCAGAUGUGGAGUCCCUUCAGUCUAAAUGUCAACAUUUGCAAGAGGAGAGCGUAAGCCAUUUAAGAUCUCUUAAUGGUUUGGAAGAAGUUCUGAAAGGAGUCCAGGCAGAUAAAAACCAAUUAACUCAGGAGCUUCAGAGCUUGGUGGAAGAAAAGGAAGAACUUGAACAAAUCAACAAAAAGCUAAAGGAAAGGGAAACAGAGUUGGAAUAUAACAUGGAAAACUCCAAAGAGCUCAUAAAGAUAUUGGAAGCUGAUAUACAAACCUUAAAACAGGAGCUUGAGGUGGCAAAAUCGACCACAGCAGAGUUAACAUUAGAACGAGACAACAUGGUUCUCUUACGAGAAAAUGCAAAUUUGCAAAUUCAGGAGCUUCAAAAUCUGGUGCAGCAAAUCCAAGAGGAGAAGCAACUCUUUUCUCAUGAACAACAAGAAUUGGAGACUCAGCUGAGUUACUCUAAUAGGCAAAAGGAUGAUUUCUCUCGCUUGCUGGAACGCUGCCAGGUGGAGAAACAUGAAAUGGCCACCCGGUUGAACUCUACUCAGGAAGAAGUGGCUCUCAUGCGGGCAGGAAUUGAAAAGCUCAAAGUUAAAAUCGAGUCGGAUGAAAAGAAAAAACGUCAAACCAUUGAGAAACUAAAAGACAGCGAGAGGAAAUUUGACAGUCUCAAUGAUAAGAUCGAGUCUUUGGAACGAGAGCUGGUCAUGACUGAGGAGAAUUUGGAAAAUGCUAUCCUUCAGACAGAAAGUGCUCAGGAGGAGGCUGAAUGCUUAAAGUCACAAAAAGAAGCCUUGGAGAAGGAAUUGAAUAUGUUAAGGAGAAAACUUGUGGAUGUAGAAAAUGACCUUCAGAAUAGUCAGGCAAAAGUAAUUGAACUGGAAACCACCAUCCUUACUCUUACAGAGACACUUGAAAAAGGAGAAGCUGAGCAUAGUCAGUUUAGAGAAGGUUCUGAGAAGGAGCUCAAGAUGCUUCAAACUCAAAUGAAUGACAUGUGUGAGCAGAAAGCCCUUACUGACCAGAGAUGUGAAGCAGUUCUAGUUGAAUGUGCUGAAAUCACGGCUAGGAUGGAACAAGAGAGAGCACAGUCUGAAUCUGCAAUAGAGGAAGCAAAAUGCUUAAAGUUGCAAAAGGACAACGUGGAAGAAGAGUUGACAAUGUUAAGGGGAAAACUUGUGGAUGUAGAAAAUGACCUUCAGAAUAGCCAGGCAAAAGUAAAUGAACUGGAAACCACCAUCCUUACUCUUACAGAGACACUUAAAAAAGGAGAAGCUGAGCAUAGUCAGUUUAGAGAAAGUUCUGGGAAGGAGCUUGAAGUGCUUCAAACUCAAAUGAAUGACAUGCGUGAUCAGAAAGCCCUUACUGACCAGAGAUAUGAAGCAGUUAUAGUUGAAUGUGCUGAAAUCGCAGCUAGGAUGGAACAAGAGAAAGCACAGUUAGAAAGUUCUAAGGAGGAAGCAAAAUGCUUAAAGUCACAAAAAGAAGCCGUGGAAGAAGAGUUGAAUAUGUUAAGGAGAAAACUUGUGGAUGUAGAAAAUGGCCUUCAGAAUAGUCAGGCAAGAGUCAUUGAAUUAGAAACUACCAUCAUUACUCUUACAGAAACACUUGAAAAAGGAGAAGCAAAGCAUACGCAAUUUAGAGAAAGUUCUGAGAAGGAACUUGAGUUGAUUCAAGCUCAAAUGAAUGACAUGCGUGAGCAAAAAGCCCUUUCCGACCAGACAUGUGAAGCGGUUAAAGUCGAAUGUGCUGAAAUCACAAUUAAGAUGGAACAAGAGAAAGCACAGUUAGUACAACAGUUGGAAGAAGCCCAGGUAGCCAGCUGUGACCUCAAGCAAUCUAUAGAUAAACUCUCCCUAGAAGUAGAAGAAUGUAAGCUCCAACUAGCUGAAAAAACACAGCAUCUCAUGGCCCUUGAGACCCAACGUACAGACUCAGAAGAGUGGGAAUCAAAAUGCUCCUCCGAAUGCUCUCAAUUGAAACAGGUAACAGAAAAUCUUAUAAGUGAAAAGAUGAAUUUGCUGUCAAGGUUGGAAGAAUUGGAAAACGAGUUACAGACAAUGUCAGCAGGGAAUUAUUCUCUCCAGGCCAUCAUCUCUGACCUCCAAACAUCCUGCAAUAAUUUGGGAACACAGUUGGAAUCGGCAAAUUCUGAGAAAAGAACACUUCUAGAAAAGGUGGCUGAACUGACAGAAAAUUGUUUCAAUCUCCAAAGUAAAUUGCAUGAUGCUGAUCUGCACAUCAAAACUGCUGAAGAUCAGAGCUGCCAAGAUAGAAAGGGGCUGGAGGAUGAGAUGCAGAGGAUCAAGCAACUAUAUGAGGAGAAUAGCACUCCGCUCCAUUCAACCAAGUCUAAAAUCACAGAACUGAAAGAAACCAUUACAAGUCUGCGAAAUGAACUGAAAUCGCAGACAAUGACACAGAAGAAUGAUAUAAUGGAGUAUGAACGGAGUCCUCAGGCGGAGUCCCUCCACAAAUCACUUCUGGAUGAGGCAGUGAAACGGGAAGACGUAAGUGGUUACCAGAAGAAGCUGACCUCCAUGGAUGGACUUCUCGCUGCCCAGAUUCAGGAGAUUGAUGGCUUGAAAGCGAGUAGCAAUGUGGUGGUGUGUAAAGCCCAGGAUCAGAUGGCAGGGCUGCAGGCUGGUAUUGAUCUCUUGACAAAGGAGAGCCCUGCAGCCUCUGAAGCCCUCAAUCACUGGGUGAAUGCAUGUAAACAGCUGGAACAGGAGAAAGAAGAGCUCAAGAAACACAUCGCACAACAAGAAGAGGAGCUGCAGACCUUAAGGAAAAACAAACACGAUGAAGGAAUGGACACCAGUACAAAUGACCCGUUCUCCGAAAUCGAGGAACUGAAGCAGUGUUUGGAAGAGAAGGCACAAGAGGCCGAUGAUAGCAUUGAGAAAUACUGUAACCUAAUGAUUAAGACGCACAAACUGGAGGAGAAGAAUGACAUGUUGAGAAAACAGGUGGACUUCCUGAACUCAAGGCUGAAAGGAUUACAAGUUAAGGAAGAGCGAGGCUGUCCACCUUCAGUACCAGACAAGCCAUUACCUCGAGGCUGUCCACCUUCAAUACAUGAUAAGCAAUUACCUCAAGAUUGUCCACCGUCAGUACCAGACAAGCCAUUACCUCGAGGCUGUCCACCUUCAGUUUCAGACAAAUCUAUACCUGAGGAUUGUCCACCUUCAGUUUCAGACAAACCAUCACCUGAAGCCAAGAGGAGAACCCGGAAGAGCAGGAGAUCCACACAAUGUCCCGGGAAACAAACUAAUAAGCGGCAGAGAGACUCUGAUAACACGGGGAGCGCACCUUCAACCCCCCAGUGUGUCACCAAGAAAGUAAAGAGAACAUCUGAUACCCUGGCAGAGCAAGAGGAGUUUGAACUUGAUGGACUUCCAGACAUUGUGAGAGAGGGUUUUGCCAACAUCCCAUCAGGAAAGCAGAGCCCCUUUGUCCUUCGAAGGACAACCGUGCCUCUGCGGAAAAGCCCCCGCUUGGCUUCGCAGAAAAAUUCCCCAUCCCUCUUCGGUGCACAUUUCAACAAUCUGGAGAACCUUAGUGACCUCUCCAGUCCAACACCAGGGGGCAGCAAAUCACAGGAGACAAAGACUAUAGAGGCCAUCGCGAUGGGAAACUCCAGGCUGAUGGAUGGUCAGUCCCCUCUUACUGCCCACAACAGGACGAAAAGACGCCUGUCAGAAAUGGGCACCCCAGGCAAGAUGGAUACGGCGACUGUAUACGAUGACUCGGAGGAGGAGGGGACUUGCCAUGUGCAGUAAUCUCACGGCACCAAGAUGUUCCCAUUUUUGGAAGUUACAUUUUCUUAUGUUGCUUGCAUGAUAUGUUCUAUAUAUGCCACUACUAUUACAUUGUUGUGCCAGGG